AUGAAGCACUUUCUCAUGUUUGCUGCCAUAGGCGUGACAGGGUUAUCCCAGGCUCUCUCCCCGCCCCUGAUCACCGCUUCUAUCCCUCUCCCAUCCGACAUCACCUACUCCCACACACAGACUGGAUGUCCAACUGUUACUCAGACACGGGAACUUUGCGCCAGCUGCCCUAUUCCAGCUUGUCUUGUGCUUGGAACCAUUACGCAGUCCUGCAAUUGCCCUACCCCUAUCCCUACAGUCUAUCUUGACUACCCAUGCUCGGAAAGUUGCAGCGGAAUCUGGUGCGCGACCAGCUGGGCUAUUGUGCAGGAGUCAGGUUGCACAUCUACGGACUCAACACCUCCGUCUUCCACUGCCACCCUCACCAGCAAGACCAAGCCGUGGCACAACGGCACCUACACUGGUCACAGCACCAAAACCAAGACGACGACCAUCACUGAAACCGAAACAGAUGAGUGCGAGCCAACACUCACCAAGACCACCACAGUGACCAUCAGCUCCGAGCCGCCCGUGCUACCGACUUUAGAGACCUCGACGAAUCUCCCUGAUGUCGAAACCUCCAUCACAAUCGCACCUAAUGUCACAUUUACCUCGAGAGGCCCAGGAGGUGGCGGGGCAGUGAGCUCCACGAGCGUUGUCGAGGCGGCUGCUGGAAAGAUGCGCAUACUUGGAUUGUGGUGA